AUGAGGGUGCAGAGCAGCGACAAGCCCGAAGAUGGCGAACCGCAAACCAUCCAUCCGAACAAAGAGCAGCUGAGCAGGCGGUAUGCAAUAGUUCCAGAACAACCCCAUCAACACGAGGAAAGACGACAGUUAAAGAUAGAAAUCAAUAGACAAUAUUUGUUGCGAAAGUCCGUAACUAAGAAGUAA